AUGAAUCACCAACAUUUUCGAGGAAGCACGUUAGUGUGCUUCCAUAGAGUGUCACCGGAUGCUGAAGAUUGCCUAGCGUAUGACACCAAUCGAGUGUCCAACCACAAGGAGAGAGAUACUAUGAUCUCGAGUACUAUGAUCUCGAGUCAAGCUUGUAGCGUUCAGGAUGAUUCGCAAAAGCCAAAGCAGCAGCAACAACAAAAGCAGCAGCAGCAACAGCAACAAGAUAAUACUGCAAAGACGGCACAAGGAGACUCUUCUUCCGAUGAAGGCUCCAUCAGCUUGGAACAGCUUGUGCCAAUCCAUCAGCAGGAUGGACCAACCAUCACCAAAAAACUGAACCAUUCCAAUUCCAGCUCGAACAGCAGCCUCAAACUCCUUUCGUUUGACAACAAAGUCUCUGUUUUGGAGUUCAACACUGUGAUUGGCGAUAAUCCAGGUGUCUCGGGAGGCUGUCCCAUCGCCUUGGGACAAGAGCUGGCCAACAAGAGCACUGCCAGUUUGCGGCAUUUGGAUUACGAGCACGAAGCCCGAACAGCACGAGGACGUGCUUCCCAAAAGCCGCAAAAACUAUCCCUGACAGAACGGGCCAACCGAUUGCAUCAGGCUGGCUUUUCCGUCAAGGAGAUUGCCACGGCUACCUAUGAUACCCUCCAAGCCAAGGAAAAGAGACUGAGAACCAAUCAGAAACGACAAUGGGAUAGCUUUAACUUGUGGGUGGAAUCCGUCCAACGCAAGGUCAAGAAGUUGAUUACUGGUCCAUGA